CGGCGCCCUGCAUUCGGGAUAACCUUGAGGCUGAGGCAGCCGGGUCCACACAGGAGCGACGCGCCCAGAACCUGCUGAGCUCUCUGUACCGUACCGGCAGCCCGAGCGAGACCACGCCGGAGGACCUCAGAAGCCAUGUCAAAGCCCCACAGUGAUGUCGGGACUGCCUUCAUUCAGACCCAGCAACUGCAUGCAGCCAUGGCUGACACGUUCCUGGAGCACAUGUGCCGUCUGGACAUAGACUCGGCACCCAUCACCGCCCGCAACACAGGCAUCAUCUGCACCAUCGGCCCAGCUUCCCGAUCAGUGGAGAUGUUGAAGGAGAUGAUUAAAUCUGGAAUGAACGUGGCACGUCUAAACUUCUCUCAUGGAACUCACGAGUACCAUGCAGAGACCAUCAAGAACGUGCGCGCAGCAACAGAAAGCUUUGCCUCUGACCCCAUCCUCUACCGGCCGGUUGCUGUGGCCCUGGACAAUGCCGUUCUGGACGGAGCCGACUGCAUCAUGCUGUCUGGAGAGACAGCCAAGGGGGACUACCCCCUGGAGGCUGUGCGCAUGCAGCACCUGAUUGCCCGUGAGGCAGAGGCCGCCAUCUACCACUUGCAAUUAUUUGAGGAACUCCGCCGCCUGGCGCCCAUUACCAGCGACCCCACAGAAGCUGCCGCCGUGGGCGCCGUGGAGGCCUCCUUCAAGUGCUGCAGUGGGGCCAUAAUCGUCCUCACCAAGUCUGGCAGGUCUGCUCACCAGGUGGCCAGGUACCGCCCCCGUGCCCCUAUCAUUGCUGUGACCCGAAAUCACCAGACGGCUCGCCAGGCCCACCUCUACCGGGGCAUCUUCCCUGUGGUGUGUAAGGACCCAGUGCAGGAGGCCUGGGCUGAGGACGUGGACCUCCGGGUGAACUUGGCCAUGAAUGUUGGCAAGGCCCGAGGCUUCUUCAAGAAGGGAGAUGUGGUCAUCGUGCUGACGGGCUGGCGCCCUGGCUCUGGCUUCACCAACACCAUGCGUGUAGUACCCGUGCCGUGAUGGGCCCCAGAGCCCCUCCUCCAGCCCCGUCCGCCCCAUCCCCUUCUCCCAACCCAUCCAUUAGGCCAGCAAUGCUUGUAGUGCUCACGUGGGGCUGUAGUGCAGCACUGGUGGGGUGGGACACCAGGGAAGAACAUUAAUGCCUCUAUGAAACAUGGCGAGUUUUAAGAGCCUGCUCAGUGGGGUAUCCCUGAGCCAGGCUGUCCAUCUUAUCUUAUGGCCCCACCCAAGCAAGAGAGAAGUAGGGGUGCAGGACCUUUGGCUCCAGAGCUUAACACAGGGCAACAGCUCCUGCUGCUUUGUGUACUCCGUUCAGUUCCUGUAGAAAUGGAUACUCAGAACCCCCAAUCCUGUGCUGGGGUCAGGAGACAGCCAGCAAGAGAGGGGCCUUUGGGCCUGGGGCAGUGGUUCCAGCUUCAGCCGACUGGCCCUGGCCUUCACUUGCUUCUCAAAACCCUUCAGCCUGCCCUGCUCCCACCUUGAUGUGCACUGUGCACUUGUGUUCCUGCACUCCACUCAGCUGUCGCUGCAGACAAACACUCCACCCUCCACCUUCAUUUUCCCCACCCCUGCAGCCACCUCCAGGCCUGUUGCUAUAGAGCCUACCUGUAUGUCAAUAAACAGCAGCUGAAGCA